AUGGAAGCCAAGGCUAACAUAGUGGAAAAAGAGCUAAGAAAUAAGAGGAAGCACUUUGGAGAAGGCUCAAGUCAAGGGAACUCCAAGAAGUCCAAGGAGUUUAAGGGAAAGUGUUUCAAUUGCAACAAGCAAGGGCAUCGAGCUGUGGAUUGCCGAAGUAGAAAUGGACAAGGCAACCAAAAGAAAAAGGGCAAGACUGAGGUACACAUGACUGAAGAAGACAAGCUUUCAACUUAUUUGUCAAAUAUUAAUCUUUCUGCAGUCGUGUCUGAAGUUAACUUGGUGGGUAACACCAAGGAAUGGUGGGUGGAUACUAGAGCUACACGCCACAUAUGUUCUAAAAGGAAGAUGUUUUCUACAUAUGAAGCAAAUGAUCAAGGAGAGCCUUUAUUCUUGGGAAACUCCUCCACCUCCAAAAUUCAUGGCCAAGGGAAAAUAGUUCUAAAGAUGAUAUCUGGAAAGGAAGUCAUUCUCAAUAAUGUACUUCACAACCCUGAGAUCCGGAAGAACUUGGUUUCUAGAUCACUACUUAGCAAGAAUGGGUUCAAGUUAGUCUUUGAGUCUGAUAAGUUUGUACUUACUAAGAAUGGAAUGUAUGUGGGGAAAGGGUACCUUACUGAUGGACUCUUCAAGAUGAAUUUAGACAAGACACCUUAUGAGUUAUGGAAAGGUCACAAGCCUUCCUAUAAAUACUUGAAAGUGUGGGGGUGUCUAGCUAAAGUUGCAGUUCCAAACCCUAAAAAGGAUGCACAAGAAAGAAAUACACUUAAAAGAACCUAUGAUACUGUUAAUAGCGAUAGCCAAGAAAGUCAUCAAGAAAAUAUAGACCAAGAGAUUGCAGAACCAGAACCUGAACAUAAACCCAGGCGUAGUAAGAGAGCUAAGACAACCAAAUCCUUUGGUCAUAAGUUUCUAACUUAUUUGUUAGAAAAUGAGCCUCAAACUUACAAAGAAGCCAUGACUUCUCCUGAAGCUCCUUUCUGGAAAGAGGCUAUUAAUGUCGAAGUUGAAUCCAUCAUGCAAAAUCACACUUGGGAACUUGUGGAUCUUCCUCCUGGAAAUAAACCAUUGGGUUAUAAAUGGAUUUUUAAGAAGAAAAUGAAAGCUGAUGGACUAAUCGACAAAUAUAAGGCAAGGUUUGUUGUCAAAGGUUAUAAGCAAAGAGAAGGAUUUGAUUACUUUGACACAUAUUCACCAGUUAUGAGAAUAACAUCAAUAAGAAUGUUAAUUGCAAUUGCAGCAUUGCAUAAUCUUGAGAUACAUCAAAUGGAUGUGAAAACGGCCUUUCUAAAUGGUGAUUUACAACCUGAAUAG